CCAUAAUAUGUUACGUUAACAUACCAGGCACCUUCUCAGUUGGUUAUUUAUGCCUCAUAUAACGUACACUUAUUCAGCCUGUUGUUCACUAUUCUUUAUUUUAUUGCCUUUCAAAUGUCUAUUCUUGGUGUUGGCUUUUAUCAAAUAAAUUUCCCCCAAAAAUGCAACUUAUGUUUUUUUCCUUCUUUAUUAUGCAUUUUCGGCCGGAGCGACUUACACUUCGAAAAAUCCGGUAGUGACUUUUAUCUUCUAUUACAAACUCUGCCCUGAUUACAACAGUCGUUUGUUGACAGAAGUAGAAAGUGCGUGAAAGAGGCUUGGGUUGGAUAUGAAAAAAUAGGAAUUGCACUGUUCACACGGACAUGGAAAAAAUGCGAUGCAGGUAGCAUAUGGCCCAAAAAAUUGGAAUUGACCUGCAGUGUGAACAAGUCCUCCGACAGAACCUCGACUGUUUUGAUCAAAUGCUCCAAUGUCACUCCUGUGUGUGUGUUUCAGGGCAUAGAAACAAGGUUUCUGUGAAUCCCUCUCAGCAAAAAGGAGGAUUCAGCCAGCAAGGGUCCUCCCGCGUGAGUAAUCAGUGUGGCGGGAGAGGACACCGCUUGAAGAGCGCCGAAAUUAGCGUGUCUUCUCAAAACAACAACCGCAGGGACCAUGAGCAGGGUCAAAGAGGAGGAGAAGGAGAAAAAGGAAGAGAAAGAAGACCAGCACCGGGUGAAGAGGAUGAAAAGCAAAAACUGGAGAUCAUUCAGACUCAGAGUGACAUGAUGGUUUGGGAGAGCUCAGGCCAGUCAGGCUUCUCAUGUUCCAGCGGCUCCAAGGCACCGUUUUUUGGGUUGGACAUAUCUCCAGAAGAGCAGAGGUCUGAAUAUUACGCCACCAAGAGUUAUCUCGACAGCAUCACCUGGUUGCUCAUUCAGUGGGGAGACCGGAUGAACCCAUCAACUUGUGCAGCUUUGCUUGUAGAACUUAGAAAUCCAGCGCCUCAGGCCUUGUCAAGUGGCUUUGGCUCAGCACCUACUGGAUGUGGGUCCUCUUCCCCUGAUGUUGGUAAUAGAGGGUUUGACGGAGAACCACCAGCCCAAGCAACUAAGCUCAGUGUAGCUUCUCCAGCGAGUGGACUGGGCUCCCCAGUGGCCCCAACAUCUCCACCGGGUGCUGUCGAAAUCUCAGGCGAUCUUUUGUCCCUUGAGAGCGAGCUGACCCAGGGGGAGCUGGACCAGCUCAAAGCACAGAGGUUCACUUUGGGCCUGGUUCCUCUGAAGCAGACUCCCGCCGCAAUGCUUGCCAUUUAAUGUUUGCUUAUGUUUUUGUUUCCCCCCCCCAUAUUUAACUGUUUUUACUGACUUUAACUUGUGCACUUAACAUUUACAACAAGCCCCACCCCCUUCACACCCCAAACAAUCCUUUAACAAAUGAAAUUCACAUACAAAAAAAAAAAGUUAAUAAAAAGUGAGAGAAAAAAAGUACAUGAGUCUUUAUUCUAACAAUGUAUACAAAUCUUGAAAUGAGUAGCUUGGUUGCUACUUAUCAUAUUUUUCGGAUUAUAAGUCGCAGUUUUUUUUCUUAGUUCAUAGUUUAUACUCUGGAGCGAUUUAUGUGUGAAAUUAUCAACACAUUACCGUAAAAUAUCAAAUAAUAUUUGGAAGCGACACCGAGGAA